AUGGAAAGUCUUGAUGCCAAGUUCUCCAAAUGUGGGUUCUGGUUGCGCCAGGUGCAGUUCUUAGGGCACAUUGUCAACCAGAAGGGUAUAUUGGUCGAUCCGGUCAAGAUCAAGGCAGUGAUGCAGUGGGAGGUUCCGAGGUCACCAUCUGAGAUUUGGGGUUUCCUUGGGUUAGCGGGUUAUUACCGUAGGUUCAUCCAGGACUUCUCCAAGAUUGUUGUUCCUUUGAUCCAGUUGACAAAGAAGAAUGUUACUUUUCAGUGGGGGCCUGAGCAGCAAGCGAUAUUUGAGACUUUGAGGCUGAGAUUGUGUGAGGCCCCGAUAUUGACCCUUCCCGAGGGUAUGGAUAACUUUGUGGUUUAUUGUUAUGCUUCGAUUAUACGAUUGGGAUUAGUGCUAAUGCAGAUAGGUCACAUGAUUGCUUACGCUUCGAGGAACAAAAAGUUUAAUGUUUCGUGGGUGGACUGGUUGAAAAAUUCGAUUAUGGCCAUGGGCGUUUUAGAUUUUAUGAAAGAUGAGGGAGGGCCAUUUGCAAACAGUCAACAAGCGUCCAAAAUCUUAUCAUAUUUUAAAUCAUAUGAGUUUGUGUUUUACUUAUAUAUGAUGUAUGAGAUUUUACGCCUCACGGGUACAUUGUCAAAGCAACUUCAAAGAAAAGAUCUAGACAUUCUAGAAGCGAUUCCGAUGGUUAGAGUGACAAUGGAGGCAUUGAAAUCUUUAAGAAACACGGGGUUUGCUAGCAUUUUACCAAAGGUUGAAAUCUUCAACACAAUGGAGGAUAUGCAACUUACAGAAUAUCGGGAUCGAUUUAGUGAAACAACCACCCAACUACUAGAAUACAUGGGUGCUUUGAUCCCUUGUGGUUCAUUUUCACAAUUUGACAAAUCAAAGUUGUUAAAGUUGGGUAAGUUGUACAAGUAUGACUUUGAUGAUUCAGAUAUAAUAGACAUUGAAAGACAACUUGAGAUAUUUUCUCACUCUUGCAUCAAAGAUAAGCGCUUCACUAGUUUGAAAGGAAUUUCUGACCUUUCACGUUUAAUGGCAGGGAAAAAAAAACUUUGGCAAUACUUGCUAUCAAUUCUUGCAUCCGUCCCUGCUUAUGGCUAUUUCUUUGUAUUAGAUUGUCACUAA